GCGAGCCACGCGCUGGGCAAAACCACGGAGCACUUCGCUUUUUGAGUUGACCGCUAACGACCACCGUACUGCCGAACCGGUUACGAAAUGUCAACAUAAACAAAUGUCUAAUUUCAUAACCGCUUUCAUAACUGUGUAAUUUAAAAAUGAUCUGAAUUAACCGCAUAACAGGAACCACUGACAGACCGGACUAAACUGGUCCGGGUUUAACCGCAGAUCUGCGCUUUGAACCGUUUUUGAAGUUGUUCGCCUGAAGGUGUUCGCGUUGGUCACUUCCUGCACUGUUUUGUAAUAAUGAACUUAUACAAGUCGAUAACGAAUCAGUAGGAACUGAGCUGCUGCAGAUCGGCUGGAUCUCUGACAGGAAGCAGGACUGUGCACUGCUCUCAGAACAGAGAGAACCAGGCAGGAACAAAGGAGACUUCAUCCUACAGCAAGAUCAUGACCCAGAACAUGAGAAGGACAGAACCACACGGUGGCUUCACAUGAUGAAGACCAGCACAGUCUGCACACCAAAACCACAUAGAACUGGUCUGGAAGCAAAGCCACACAUCUAAACUGCGACACUGAACUGUACAUUUCAAUUAUAUAAAAACGAGGUGGACGUUUGGAGGCAAAGACAAAGCUGUCGCAAAAAAUCAAACCCAAUCAAAGCAGGUGAGAUGUCUCAGGUGCGGCGGUCAGUGAGUGAGGCCUUGUGGGCGAUGUGUGCGGCUGACUCUGCGUCCAUGCCGGUCCACUGGUACUACGACAUCCACGACAUCAGGAAGGACUUUGGAGGCUGGAUAUCAGGCUUCCACUCGCCCAGGGACAAACACCCGUCCAGCAUCCUCAGCCUCUCCAGCACUGCCGGCAGCGGUCGGACCGCCUGGUCCUCCGGUGGGAAGCGGCCAGAUGUGGUCGGUAGCAUCAUCCUUCAUGAUAAACUGAACCUGUGGAAGUCCUCCAAAGGCUCGGUCCACUAUCAUCAAGGUCUUCAGGCUGGUGAUAACACCCUGAACGUCGUCUGUUCCCUCCGAGCGGCUCGGGCGCUCGUCGGCGGAGGUUUCACUGACGUUUCUCAGCCAAACGCUCGGGCCGCCGUGCUGUCAGACUACGUUCAGUUCCUGACCACGCCCGGGACCCACAACGACACCUACGCCGAGUCCUUCCACCGCUCGUUCUUCGCAGACUGGCAAGAGAGCAGACCGACCUCACCCCAUCACGUUCUGACGUUUGCAGAAAAACGCUCCAAACACAAGUUGAGCUCCUCGUUCCCCGACAGCCAGCUGAACGCCAUCGGCUGCCUUCCCAUGAGCCUCCCCUUCAUCCUGUUGUCGGCCUCAGCCAAUGAGGAGCAGGCUGUUUCUGCAGCAGUAGAGUUCGUGAAGCUCACCCACCCUCACCCCAACGUGCCAGAGUACGUGUCCAUCUACAGCCGGGCGCUGCACGCCGUGCUGGGCGGGGCCAGCGUCCGUCAACAGGCCGAGCACGCUCUGAGGAGACUGGACGCCUGGGACACCUGCCAGAGCUACAGCCGCAAAGCCUCCAGGUUUCCCGUGUCCUCUGAGGACAGACUGAGGGUCCAUCAGAGCGCUGUGAACUACCUCGGCCUGGCCUGCUACACUAAAGGAGCCCUGUCCAGCAUGUUCUACCUGGCUCACGAGUUUCAUGACGACCCCAGAGGAGGAAUCCUGGCAAACACCAACUGUGGAGGUGAGAACUGUAACCGUGGGGCAGCGUUGGGAGCCCUGCUGGGGGCGGGGGGGUCAUACACUGGAGCCGUCAUCCCACAGGAGUGGAAGGAUGAACUGAGAGACGCCCAGGACUUCAUCCCCGACAUCCUGAAGGACCUGGAGUGAGAACAGCACCGUCCCCUGAAGGAGAGGGGGGAACUGCAGCACUGAAAAAUAAAAAACCAGCACUAAGAGUUCCACUAAAUCUGCUCGUUUACAAGCUACAACUACAUUUUACACUUUUUAUUCCAGUUCUCUAAUUUUACUUUUUAUUUAAGAUGGACAGUCCUGUUUAUUUUCUCCUUUUUACUGUCACAGUUUUCGGUUUGUUUCUUGUUUUAAUGACCAGCUCCAGUCUCCACCUGCCUGAAAAUGAACAAAUCCACUGCGUUUGGUUUCUUUGCUCGUAUGAAAAAUAAAAUCUGUUGAGAAUC